AUGGACGACGCAUCAGUUAUCAAAGAUCAGGUCGUACUCAACGACAUCGUCUUCCACAUCGCAACUGCAGACCACUUGCGAUCUGUCGAAACAAUCAUUGAUAGCAUCAGACAACGAGCAGUGCAAGGCCUGAAAACGAUAUAUAUCCACAACAGCGGAGCAACAUUGCUCUCUGAUACUGCCCAGGGAGACUACAAAAGCGAUACAGUAUUUGACGAUGAACAGCCCGGGCAGAUCAAUAUCCUCCCUGAUUCCGUCAUCGCCUAA